UUUAUCAUUUUUUCACAUUCUUUCACUAAUGAACUUGGGGUACAUAGUUAUUUGCUUCACCCUGUUUUUUAAAUCUUCAUAACAAUCUUUCAUAGCAAUUUUUCCAUUGCUAAUGUUGUUAUUAAAACGCAGAAGUGGCCAAUGAGCUAGUCAGCAAAUGAGGUGUUGCGUCCAACAUAAGCUUAUCUGAAGAUCAAAGGAGGUGCCUAGUUCCCAUAAAAGCAUCUCAUGUGACGACCCGAUGCUCUUUGAGCCAAGUGUUACAAGCAUGGAAGCCAAAGGCUGCAGCUCCAAGAGAAUGGUGACAGAUUUCCCUGUUCAGAGUGUUCUGGUGACAGGAUCCAAUUCGGGAAUUGGCCUGGGUCUGGUGAAGCAGUUUCUGAGGCUGCCAACUCCACCUCAGUGGGUCUUUGCUACUACCCUAGACAUGGAUGGACCAAAAAGCAAGGAAAUAAAGGAGUUGGCAUGCCAGCAUCAGAAUCUGGUGGUGCUGCAGCUGGAUGUCACUGACCUCCAAAGCAUCAAGGCAGCUGUGGAGCAAGUGCAAAGGUGUGUGGGAGAAUGUGGAUUGAACCUCCUGAUGAACAAUGCUGGUGUUAUUUCUGGAAACGACCUGGAGAAAGAAAAUGCAAAGGACAUGGCAGAUGUAUAUGCCGUCAAUACUAUUGGGCCACUUCAGGUGAGCCAGGCAUUUCUGCCCCUGCUGAAGAUGGCAGCUCAGAGAUAUCCCCAGGAAGGGUUGAGCUGUUGCAAGGCAGCCAUUAUCAAUACAUCCAGUGCUGCAGGCUCCAUGGAAGUUAUGCUGUUAUGGGAAAUAAAGAUGAAUAUUGCCUAUCGCUGCAGCUGCUUUAAACAUGCUCACCAAAUGCCAGUCACUCACGUAUCCAGCUUAUGGGAUUCUGUGUGUUUGCAUCCAUCCUGGCUGGGUAAAAACUCAAGGCAUGCAAGAGGCGGACCUGACUGUAGAAGAGAGUACACGAGGAAUAAUUCAUGUUCUCUCCACACUUUCUGAGGUGGAUAACGGUACCUUUGUGGACUGGGAAGGACGCAGAGUGCCCUGGUGAGGGAUUUGUUUCACGAUGCCAGGGGGUUUACCACUCUAGGAUUCUGCCUAGGGAGCAUCCAAUAAACCACCUGGGAUUCCAGGAAAAAUCUUUUUGACUCUUUUCUUCCUUCAGAAGCUUCCAUUGAAGAUUAGUUGUCAUGCAGAAUUGUUUUUAAGGACUAGCCAUGGAUUGAAAGAUCUUUCAGCCUGAAGGUCACAUUCCCUCAUGAGCCCCCUUAUGGGGGCUGGAUGCCAAUGCCAGU